UGACUUCAACGUCAGUAAAGUUGCACCGAGUAACGCUGGAGCCUGGAAGUGAUGCAGUUACCAAGCCAGUGAGGCACUCCAAUUCCUCCUGUGUUUUAGAGUACAUUGCGUCCUAAUUUUUUUUUUCCCUUUGACUACAUUUUGUAAGAAGAUGAAGAACAGAAAGCAAUGUGUUCAAGAUACUGAGGGUCAGAAGCAUGAAGGCAUGGAAGGUGAAGAAAAUGAAGAAAGCUGUUCCUGUUCUACUUUAUUAUGUGACGGUGACACAUGCCCCAUCUGUCUGAACUGCAUUCUAGAACAGGAGAUUGGUUUUCCUGAGAACUGCAGUCAUACCUUCUGCAUGACUUGUAUUCUUAAAUGGGCUGAGACACAGGCUUCAUGUCCUAUGGAUCGCAGACCAUUUCAAGCAGUAUGCAGGCUUGAUGCAUUAGAAAAGCAGAUAAAGGUUCAGGUUAAAAAGCAACUAAGGAGGAAGGAAGAAGAGGAAAACUGUGCCUGCAAUAAGGGAAAAUAUAGCCAUGCAAAGAUGAGAAGUUUUGUGAGAAGAGCUGUCUGUCCAGACAGAGGGCCAUUAGCAGCAAAAUUAAGCAGAGUUGUGAAGAAAAAAUACAGUAAUAUUUUGUAUGACAAGCGAAACAAGAAAGCUUUGUCUGUGAAGAUAAACAAGCCCAGAAGACAGACCUCCCGGAAUGAGUGCUUCAGAACUAAUUUCUUCAGCACGCUUCCAGCUGGUGGUAGCAAUGAAGAAUCCUUUUUUAGCUGUAGAAAUGACUGUACAGAAUUCACAGAAGUCAAUGCAGUCAUUAGACAGAAGAGACAAGAACUGGAAUUAUCCUGUUCAUCUGUGCUUGCUAGAGUUGAAAGAAUUCCUUUAAUGUCUUAUGGAGCUGAAGCCGAGACCUUUCUUCUCACUUCUACUACAGUAGCAGGGACAAUUCUUCCAACAAAUAUCAGGCCUUUGGAAAACUUUGAAUCUUUAGGUAAAGGAUAUGCUGUUGCAUGUACUCAAGAAGGAGAAGAGAAAAAGCAAGCUUCUGGUUCAUCUGGCACUAGAGGAGCUAGAAGGAAAUCAGUUAAUACUACUCCUAGAAGAAGAUCUGCACGAAACAGCAAAAAUGAGACUCUGGGUCAAUCUCAGAGUUCACCUCGGUCAAGCAGUUCCGCGUGCGGUGCCCCUGAUGGCAAUAACCCAUCUCUGAAUAAAUCUCCUUCGGAAUCAGAGAAGGCUCCUCCAAAACGAAAGUCUAAAAGAAUAGUUAAACAACAAACACCUGUGGUUAAAAAGAAACUGAGAAGUUCUGCACGUUCUGAAAAACCGCGCAGUGAUUCAGUGGAAGAUGAUGACGUUGCUGAGUCUGAAGCAGUUCUAACAUUAGAUAAAGACCAGCAGUCAGGUAACGAAAGCAAUAAUGCAAGCCUUCCACAGAAAAAUAAUGCAGAAACAGAAUCUGCUAAUGGAUUGGAAAGCUGUAGUGAACAUGCAGAAAUUGAGGGAACUACAAGAGAAUGUGACAAAGAUGAAGAUACUCCAGGCAAUGCGGAUGUAAGUUUUUCUCUCCAAGAACCUCCAGUACUAACUUCAGGAGGUGAAAGUCAGGAAUUUGAAGUAAAAGGUGUUACUGAAAAAAAUAUAGAACUUGAGAAUCAGGACAUCUGUGAAAAUACUCUUGAGCAAAUGGAAACAGCAGCUAGUCCCAGAGAUGAAGUAUGUGACCAUGCAACUUUUGAAAAAGUAGAUCGGACAUUGUGUAGUCCUCAAAAUGAAUUGAUGGAGAACGUAGAGACUUUGACAAAAAUAGAUCAACCCGCGGCUAGUCCAGAAAAUGAACUGUUGGAAUAUCCAGAACCUCUGGGAAAAGAUCAGCCAUUAGAGAGCCCCAGAAGUAAAUUGCCUGAGCAUCCAGAAGCCAUAGAAAUAGAUGAUUCUGAGGCUGAAGGAAAAACAGUACUAGACUGUGCAAGUACAAAUACUCAAAACUUAAAAACUGUUCAAGAUGAAGAACCAGAUACAUUAAUACACAAUAUUUCUGUGGACAGUACGUCAGAACAAUCCUUAAAAGAGAAUGCCAUGCCAGAAAGUGAAGAGGGUAGAACUUCAGAGUCACCCCAGGUAAAUGCCGAACAUAAACAUUUCGGUGAAGAUAACAAUGAAAUGAUACCAAUGGAUUGUGACUCAUUUUGCAGUGACCAGAACGAACCUCAGAUUGAGCAGUUACCACCGGUUGAAAGUACAGAGCAAGGAGAAGUGAACUCCUUACAGUGUGAUGCGGGAAACUGUACAUCAGUUUCAGGACUUUCUGAUGAAAAAGAUGAAACUAUUCCUCAAGAAAGAGAGUGCCAGUCGGAACUCAAAAAAGAUAAAAAGACUCGAACGAGAAGGUCUAGGUUUCACUCUCCAUCAACAACUUGGUCUCCUUCUAGGAGAGAGGGCAGGAAAUCUCAAUCACCAUCCCCUAAAAGGGAGAUGACCAGAGACAGGAGCUCACGAUCACCCAAGAAGGAAAUUGUGAGGGAGGGAAGGAGAUCUUUAUCUCAUUCUCCGAAGAGAGAGACACUCAAAGAUGAGAAAAAAACACCAUCUCGAUCUCCCAAAAGGGAAACUGUCAGGGAAAGCAGGAGAUCAUCUUCUCGGUCAAGAACUAAGGAUUCGUCUCCGAGGCAAAAAUCUAGAUCUCGAAGCAGUGAUAGAGAUAGUCAAAGAAGAGAUCGUGACAGAGAAAGAAGAAAUAGGAGGUGGUCUAGGUCACGGUCACGAUCUAGGUCAAGAUCACGAUCUAGGACAAGAAAUAAAAGUUCUUCAUUCUCUAGAAAUGAGAGGGACAGUCAUUCACCUCGAUGGAAAGAGAGAUGGGCAAAUGACAGCUGGAGGAAUCCCAGAGGAAAUGAUCGAUACAGAAGUGAUCAAGAGAAACAGAGUGAAAGUCUUAAAAAAGAGAAGGACAAUACAGAAAAAACCAAUGAUGAUCAAUGUUCUUCAGACAAGCGGAGGAAUGAUUGUCCAGACUGGGUAAUGGAAAGGAUAAACUCCAUUCCUGAAGUCAGGAACAGAGAGAGAGAUAAACCACAUUGGGAAGACGGCAGGCAUGACAAUUCAGGACACUCUUGGAAUAAAAACUUUGGUUCAGGUUGGAUUCCGAAUCGAGGGAGAGGUCAGCGUGGCCGAGGUGGGCGUGGAAGAGGUGGUUUCAUGUAUGGAGACCAGAGUGAAAAUCACUGGCAAAACAGAAAACCUCUCUCAGGGAACUCAAAUGGUUCUGGGAAUGAAACUUCAAGGUUCCCAGAACAUCAGCCAUACAAGCGUAAGAAUGAACAAGAUUAUUCUUUCGAUACGCCUGCUGACAGAUCUGGGUGGACAUCUGCAUCCAGCUGGGCUGUAAGAAAGACUUUACCUGCUGAUGUGCAGAAUUAUUACUCAAGAAGAGGACGCAAUUCAUCAAGCCCACAGUCUGGAUGGGGAAUGAGACAAGAAGAGGAGACACCUGAACAAGAUCCAAACCUCAAAGACCAAGGCAACCAGCAAAGUGAUGGUUCUCAGUUACCAAUAAAUAUGAUGCAGCAACAAAUGAAUGUAAUGCCACAAGUGAAUGCACAGCACCAACCUAUGAAUAUCUUUCCGUAUCCAGUGGGUGUCCAUCCUCCCAUGAUGAAUAUGCAACGAAAUCCUUUCAACAUCCACCCUCCGAUGCCCAUGCAUCUCCCUACCGGAGUGCCUCUCAUACAGGUAGCUGCUCCCACAAAUUUGUCUCAGGGAUUACCUCCGCCUCCACCUCCACCCCCACCAUCUCAACAAGUCAACUACAUUGCUUCACAGCAAGAUGGAAAACAAUUGCAGGGUAUUCCAAAUGCUGCUCAUGUAAGUAAUAACAUGAGCGCUCCAGCCUUGCCUGCUCCAACGGCAGUCCUGGGGAACGUGGGAACAGUUCAGGGACCAAGUUCGGGUAAUGCGACGUCGUCAAGUCACAUCAAGAGCUCUAAUGCAGCUGUAAAAUCAGGAGAAAACAAAGCGAGUGUAACAGUGGAAGCCAGUGCAGAUAGCUCGAAGAAGGACCAGAAAUUGUUAAUUCAAGAAAAAGCGGCACAAGAGGUCAAACUAGCUAUUAAACCUUUCUACCAAAAUAAAGACAUCACUAAGGAAGAAUAUAAAGAAAUUGUGCGGAAAGCUGUAGAUAAAGUUUGUCAUAGCAAGAGCGGAGAAGUUAAUUCUGCAAAAGUGGCAAAUCUAGUGAAAGCGUAUGUAGACAAAUACAAACACUCACGGAAGAAAAAUCCCGAAGAGGCAGUCUCCUGUGAAAGGAAAUAGAACAUGUUUUCAGUUUUUAAUUUUAUUCUAUCUGCAAAGUGCAAUUUCAACAUGAACCGUUAACUGAAAAUUGUACAUGACAGUGAUUUGAAUCUGGUUUUGAUAAAAUUAUUUUUCAAUGUAGUAUAUAAUGUUUUGUUCUAAAGAAAUAUAGAUCUACAGGGCAACUUCUUUAUUCCUUUUUAAAAACAGAUGUCUAAAAAAAAAUAAAGGUGUAAAGAAGAAUCAUUAGGAAUGUACGAUUGUGUGGAUACUUAGAUGUACAGCAUUUUGACUUGAAUAAGAGUGCAUUAAAUUAGAAACUUCUGUCUGAGUACGUUGGUUUUGGAACAGGUAUGUACAGUACAUGUAAUCGGUCAGAUUAAAGUAAAAUUUUUCUUUUGAUUUCUCCCUAAUUAUAGCAAAGAUUAAAAUAAUGUAUUGCCUUGACAAAUAUUUCUAGCGUUAACUGGACAGGCUGAAUGCAGGGGUCACAAUGUGUAUAUAAAAAAAGCACAUGGAGUUGUCUGAACAGAAGAACUGUUUAGAUUUUAAAAAGAAAAAUCAUAAACAGUAAACCGCAGUGCCCAAAACCACGGGCGCUGCACAUCUGUUGUAACACCAAAUAAAAAUUAUGCUGCUUGGUUUCGUUUGUGACGUUUUUCAAUUUGUUUCAAGAUAGUGGGAUGAACUUGAAUAACUUUUAUGUGCUGAAAGCCCUCAAUCACCACACACUGACAACCUCAGUUCAUGUCUAACCCUGCCCUCAGCUAGUAGGGAAUUAGUGUGCUAGAGCUGGAUGUUCAGAAAGGUAAACCAGUUUCUUCAAGUAAAAUCAAGAAAGCUGGAAUUUGUUAGUAGGCUCCCGCUCGAUCAGAGACCGCCAGCUGUGCCAAUCUUAGCUGUGUAAUACUUCUUCUUUGUUAACUAGGGACUGUGGCGUGGAUCACCAGCCUGGUAUCGUUGCAUCUGCGCAGUCUGAAGUCACAUGCAACAGCUUUUCUACUUCCCCGGGCACUUUUAUGUAGAGAGGUUAGUAGAGGUACCACGAGCAUUUUAAAAGCAGAUGUGGGGUCGUUGAAUGUGCUAGGGGAGUGCUUACACCUAAGGUAAAACCGGUUUUACUGAGGUAGCGGCAGGGAGAGUUGCUGAAACACUGUCACUGCGUGCUCCUUAUGGAAAGAACAGCUUGGGAUCCGUCCGGAUUUGAGUGGAGGAGGAGCCUUACUCUGAGAUUUACCCUGAGAUAGAAAUAUUUGUUCCCUUACUCUCACAGUGCUAUUAAAAUUUCAGCGCUCCCCCUCCAGUCCUGCCGUGCGGUAACAACCUUUGGUGUUGGCUCAGCCUGGCUUCUGCUCCAGCCCAAGGUCUCCUGGCCCAAAAGCAUGAAUAAAACAUUUUGACAGAAAGUAUCGAUCGAGUUUUCUGAGAAAUUAUCUCUUCCUAGCCAGUAGUUCCCAAAUUAACUUUUCUUGGCAGAAAACAGUCUUACCUGUAAGUAACUUUUGGAGAAGCCUGAGGAUGAAAUAAGGGAUAUACACCCCUGUACACACACGUGAUGAGAGAGAGAGAGAGAGAUGUGUAAAAAAUGUGCUGUUUGUCACAACAGUUGAUCGCUUGGUUUUAACUAUAACUUUCUGCAGACUUAAUGAAGCAUUUCACUGUCUAUAUUUAUUUUUGUGUGCCUAAAUAAAAAUACUAUGUAAAUUAGAAACAGAUAUAAUACAUUUUCUACAGUCAAGCCAGGUUUUAGAUUUUUCAAAAUACUCAGUUUUACACUGUGGUAGCAAUUUGUAUGAUCUCUUGAACUAUUUUAAGCUAAAAUUGGUUAGCACUUUUUGAAAAAUGUUGUAGCAAAUUGCUAUGUCUAUCCUGGUUUAUCACGCCAUGCGUACUUAUUUUUAUUACAUUUUCCUUCUGAAUUUUUGGAUUUUAAUGACUUUUUAUAUCUUUUUACUCUAUACAGUUGAGCCUUGCUAUAAAGCUCCUUUCAGGAGCCAGAUAAAUGUUUUGUGGGGUUUUUUUUUUCCCUUUUAGAGGAGAGGUGGAAAUUGGGUGGGAAGGAACAACGGAGGAUCUAAACUGGGAGAGGGGAGGGGACGUUAAUUUCUUGUUUUGCAGCUCCUGGCUGGAAGAUAAGCUGUCACUUGCUGCCACGUUGUUUGGGCAGUGACUAUAGCGAUGCUCCACUGUAUUUCAAAACGUAAUGAAGAAUAUCGGAUAGAGUAGCAUGUGAUCAGUAACUUUCUUUUUUACGAUUAAAUACUUCAGAACUUGUCAGAAAAUAUGCAUUUCGUUACAAUUUCUGUGUUGAAUUAAAAAAAAACACAUUGCCUUAAUACGUAGACUCUCCUCCUAUUUUUCCUGAAAGCAGCGAGGUCUCUGUUGGUGCAACUGCCCGAGAAGGCACGUACUUUAACCUUGUAGUCACGUUUUUGUUAAAAUAGUAUGAAAGCUGUAUUUCUAUUUAUUGAAAUUCCUUGUACUGAAAGUCCCAAGAUGCACUAGCACUGAAGGCAAAGUGAUGGGGACGCUGAGCCCCGUCGAUGCCUCUAGGGUGUCGGUAAUUCAUUCGAUCCAAAUUGCCUUGAGGAAAACAAUUGCUAAACUGUAUACCUUCUGUGAACUUACGCGAAUCAAAAGGGUUUUCCUUGCACUCCUUCCACUGUCUCACUGUGCAUGCUGCUUGAAUGUCUCAUCCUAAAGAUGUAUCUUCGGAGCACAGUGGCUGUCCAAAGUCCACAAUAUGGUGUUUGUAGCGUAAGGCUGGAGUGCUGUCUACUGAAAAAAUACUCUAAAAACUAGUUUUGUGUAGUGCUUAACAGUUUCUAAUAAAUUCUUUUCACUAAGCU